AAUCUCCUCAAGAUUCUAUUUUUUUUUUUCUUUUUCAUUUAAUAUACCAAUCAAUUUCCACUCGUACAGCUGAAAUUCUAAAGCCAAUUCUAGUUCAGAAGAAAAGGCAUAAACGGAAGAGAUUCAUCAGGAAAAAACAAUAUUGGAUAAGGCAUCUGGGUUCGCAGAUUCAUCUAUUGAAGCAUAUACCCUGAAGUCACAGCCUAGAAUAUGAAGGGAAGAUGGUUAUAGAACAGAUUCAUCAACAGAAUGGGAAACCAUCGUCUCUUGCUCUGGACCAGACCAAUGCCCUAAUUUGUAUCUUUGUUUUUUAGAAUAUCGAGCGAGCCAUUUCACUAGUUCUAGUCUGGUGGUGGUACCUGCGGUGACCACCUCCCAUCUCUCCAUUCUCAGACAGGUUUUCCCGACCUCAAUCUCUUCAUAAUUUGCUCUUUCUACAGGGACAAAAAAGGCAGGCAGAGAUAAUAUUUAGCAAAACAAAUCCAUGGGGGCCCGUAAAGGCAUGGAAAAAGGGUAGCGUCUACAGUUUGAGGGUGACAAAGGGCAGUUCAGGCAAAGGUGGGAAAUUUAUUCUCCCAAUAAAUAUUGAAAACUUAGAGGCCCAGCGAAAGUGUCAAACGGAGAAGGAGGGAUCCGAUGCAGGUGCAGAAUUUACAAUUUAAAAUAACAAUUAAUAAAUGAAUAGUUGAAAUUCUUAUUUGUUCAGGGACUCUGUCUUCCUCGCAUUUCCACGUCCUAGAUCUCUGCAACAGAAUUGUUAUAAUACCAGUCCAAGUUCCUUUUUUAAACCAACUUCUUUCACGUGCCAUUACUUUCAAAAUCUUGUUCUCUAUCCAGUGUUUCCCUUCAAUUUUCAGUUACUCAUUUUAUAAAUAUAAAUUACUUUUUAUUUCAUUUCUUCUGUUUAAAGGAAUGCUGUAACACUUUCAUUCACAGUAAGCAGCCAUGCAUGUGUUCUUUUCCGAUGUUACUUUUCUUACCAUUAUAGGCUCCCAUUACUUCAAUAAGUUUACUUCAUUUUUAUUUUCAUCUUUCGGGUUUGCUUCUAAAAUUUUGAAUGUAUAGGUUGGGACUUGGGAUUCAGUUAUAUUAGUAAUUAAAUUUUGAAUUUCGAAAUAAGCCAAUUCCGGAUUUGGGGGUUUAUUUGUAUUUUGAAGUAAGAUUAAGGUAUCUUAUUAUGCUGUAAAUAAGACAAGUUUCUGGAGAUUUUUUUCUGGAUAGAGUUAUAGGUGGUCAUGUAAGCUGUUGCCAGAUGUUUCCCUUUUUACAGUAGUUGUUUUGUAUCUGGGUUUUAGAGUUAGAGUUUCAAUGGUUUUGAAAUUACUUAUCUUUUCGGAGUUCUCUAGAUCUGAUGCAUUACAAUUAAACAGAAUUUGAGCAACUUAAAGAAUCGGAGGUUGGUUAUUGAUUGUAGUUCACAAGUAGGCGUCGUUCCGAAUUUUGACUGUGUAUGUUUCUUAUAGUCGGUUUUAGGAAUUGGCAUUCUUUAGAGUGUUCUUGAGUGGUUAAAAGAGAAACAAGAUAUAUAUUUUUUUUUUCCAAUAUGGGGCAUCCCGCAGCAAUUUGCGAUGUGAAAUCAACUUUUGAGAUGACAAAGGACAGGAAUGGGAUUGAUCAGGUUGUCCUUCGAAACCCACAAGGGGCCUCUGCUAAGGUCAGCUUGCAAGGAGGACAAGUUACCUCAUGGAGAAACGAGAAAGGAGAAGAACUUCUGUUCACCAGUAGCAAGCAGGCGAUUUUAAAGCCAUCAAAAGCAAUACACGGCGGAAUCCCUAUUUGUUUCCCACAGUUUGGAAAUUGUGGAUCACUAGAUCAGCAUGGAUUCGCAAAGAACAAAUUGUGGACAAUUGAGGAAAAUGGUCCACAUCUACAGCCAAACGAUUUCAAUGGAAAAGGCUGUGUUGACCUACUACUUAAACCAUCUGAAGAAGACUUGAAAUGCUGGCCCUAUAGUUUUGAGUUUCGUCUUAGGGUCUUGCUCGGAGUAGAUGGAGAUCUGAUAUUAAUAUCACGAGUGAGGAAUGUCAAUAGCAAGCCGCUUACUUUCUCUUUUGCAUAUCAUACAUAUCUGUUGGUUUCUGAUAUAAGUGAAGUGAGGAUAGAAGGUUUGGAGACUGUUGACUACCUUGAUAAUCUUCGACAAAGAGAACGUUUUACAGAACAGGGAGAUGCUGUAACUUUUGAAUCUGAGGUGGACAGAGUUUAUCUUCAUUGCCCUAACGUAAUCGCAGUGCUUGACCAUGAAAAGAAACGAACAUACGUUAUCAGGAAGGAAGGCCUGCCUGAUGUUGUGGUGUGGAAUCCAUGGGAGAGGAAAUCAAAGUCAAUGGCAGAUUUGGCGGAUGAGGAAUAUAAACAGAUGGUAUGUGUUGAUGGAGCAGCAAUUGUGAAACCUAUAACACUGAAACCAGGUGAAGAGUGGACAGGACGGUUGCAACUUUUAGUAGUGCCUUCAACUUUCUGUAGUGAACAAUUUGAUCUUUAGUUUGAAAGAGUUUCCCAGAAAUGGUACAAAGUUUUCAAUUGUAAAUGUUGUGGUUUGAUAGUUGACAGUUUCAGGAAUGGUUCAAUUUUACUUUGAGAUGUAUUCUGUAGGAUUUAACUGUUCCUGGAAAUAGAGAGCCUUUGGCUAUUUUUCUUUCAAUAACAGCUGCCACAUUUCCAAUAA